AUGUACUUGGAUUCCAAUCGCUUGCCGCCGGUAUUCACUCACGACAUCAAGGGUGCUCUGAUGAUGAGUUUUGGCUUUGCUGCCGUGCAACGACUUGCAGAGGAAAGGCGAGACGAUGCGUGGGAUUCAGCAUUGAAACUCUUUGGUUCAUGCAGUGAUCUCCUGAUACUCCUGGUUGGCAUCCUUUUCAACCCGGACGUCCUUGUUUGGGUGCCAGAGCAGCUACAAGAAACGAAAAAACUGAGGCUUCAAGAUCUUCAAGGCGAUGCGAAGAGCUUCAGCGCGCAGCUGAUGCGUGUUCUCAGGCCACCGGCCCUGCGAUGGUCAAAUGGCAGCGGAGAAGAGAUCUUUAGAGCCUUCAAAGUGAACACCCCGCCGCUUGCUGGGCCGUCUCCGGUGACCUUGAGUCCACUCUUGGAGAAGUUGAGCCCGAAACACCAGACCCCUCCCAAGUGCCCGAGCUCCUUUACAUCCACGUCGAGGGAGAUGUUGCCCGCUGGCACAAGGAGAUUUUGUUGGAGGACUUCGAGAUGCCUUUCGGGCCGGGCGGGACGGGAAGAGAAGCACCGCCUCGCCGCGCAUAGCCUCCGGCGGUGCCUCGCCGGGACAGCCUCGUCUCCACGGGGACGUCUCCACGGCCACGCUGCUCUGGCUCUCCGCGUCCGCGAGGCCCGCGGCGCCUCUCAGUGA